UGAGGUUUAGGGGUUUGCAGUUGGGUUAUUUCACAUUACGGUAUUCGGUGCCCAGUUAUCCGAGUUGUUUUCUAGAAACGGAUAGCGAUUUGGACUUGACGUGGACAUUUUUGUUGAUAUCAAAUGAGAAGACUAUUGAUAUUUUAGUGAAGGAUUUAUGCGGGAGCAGUGAAUAUAGUGGUGAUUUUUGUGUAAAUAAGGAGUUGAUAGCAUGUGAAAACGGCGAGUCAUCGUGUUCUAGUACUGUCGAAGACAGAAACGAGUUUUUGGGCAGGUCGAAGAGAGUAAGUGCUAAGCCUUUGUUGUAGAAUGAGUGGGAGACAUACAUACAUCAUGUGGGGCAGAAGUUUGACGGUGGUGCAGAGGAGUUCCGGUUGAAAUUGUGCAAGUACGCUCUUGAAGUAGGAUUUAAUUUUUUAUAUGCCGGCAAUGACAAGAAGCGGGUGGUUGCUGUUUGUUCGAAUAAGAAAUUGGAGGGUUGCAGCUGGCGUGUUUAUGCUUCUCGUUGUGAAGCUACUGGCAGUUUUGUAAUUCGGACGUUAAAUAAUGUUCAUACAUGUGCGGGUCGGAUACGGGAAUCAAAGAGUAAGAUGAUGAGGUCUCGUGUGGUGUCCUCCCUCAUUGUGGACAGAAUUCGUGCAAAACCAGAGCUGAAGCCAGUUGAGAUUAUACACGAGUUCAAAGAUUAUUAUGGUAUAGACAUUUCAUACUACCAUGCAUGGUUUGGCAAAGAGUUAGCUAAAUUGGACGUUCACGGUGAUGAGUCGAAGUCCUUCAACGAGUUAGUGUGGUAUGCGGACGCCGUAAAGGAAACUAACACUGGUUCUCUCUGCACUCUUGAUUGUGAAGCUGGAAUUAAUCGCUUUCGACGAUUUUUUGUGUCUUUUGGCGGUUGCAUUGCUGGAUUUCAAUAUUGCAUACCCUUGUUGUUCAUUGAUGCUACGUUUUUGAAGAGCAAGUACAAGGGGCAGCUUCUCUGUGCUUCGGGAAAGAAUGGAAAUCAAGGGUUUUAUCCUCUAGCUUUUGGAGUUGUUGAUUCUGAGACAGAGGAGAAUUGGACUUGGUUUCUUCAACAUUUGGCUUCUAUAUUGCUACCGAUGGGGAGAGUGGUGACCUUUUUCUCGGACCGCAAUCAAGGUUUGUUAAAUGCAAUGGGGUUUGUGUUUCCCGGAUGGCCUCAUUCUUACUGUUAUUAUCACCUCAAACAGAAUUUGAUAUCAAAGUACCCAAAGUCAGGUUAUGGGAAACUGCUCCAAGACCGUGUUAUCAAUUUAUUUAGUAGAUGCGCAUAUGCUGUUACGGACGAAGAGUUUAAGGUAUCAAUGGAGGAGUUGGUGAUUGUUGGGAGUUCGAAAGUGAAGGCAUUUAUAUCUGAUUUGUCUAGAGAUCACUAUGCCAACGCAUUUUUCAAAGGAAUGCGUUAUGGGGAGAUGGCAAACAGUUUAGCAGACGAAGAAGUGGACAACAGUUUUGUGUCCGGAGAUGGAACUAGACUCUGUGAAAAUGCGGAGGCCGGUAGGACUUGGGCAGUUCGUCGUUCUAAUUGUACUGUUUUUGAAGUAUUUGCUGAUUAUUCUGUGAUGGUUGAUCUCGAGCAAAGGACUUGUUCUUGCCGUCUUUGGCAAAUUGACGGUUUUCCUUGCACACAUGCGGUGGCUGCAAUCCUAGCAAAGAGAGAUUCAGUUUAUGAUUACGUGGAGUGUUACUACAAAACCGACUUCUUUCGAAAAGCCUAUGAGAGUCCUAUUUUUCCUAUUCCAGAUAUUGGGAAAGGAUUGGGCAGCAAUGGUUCUGCAGCUGGAGUUGUGCUUCCGCCAAUUACAAAGAGGCCAGCCGGAAGACCACCAACAAAGAGAAUCAAAGUUUUUGGUGAAUUUAAAAGGCCAUUGAAAUGCAGUCGGUGCAAUGUUGCUGGGCACAAUAGGAAGACUUGCAAGGCUAUUAUAUGA